GGUUGAUAACAGACACGACCUUUUUUUUAAAAAAAUGGAUGGUGACCGUCAGUUCCGGCUUGUACCUAGUCUCCCACCUUCUAUUUCGAAUAUUGAGCUGAGACGGACUAUAAAAAUGUUCGGUUGCUUUUCUUUGUGGAAAAAGAAAAAUGGUACAAAAUAGUGAGACAAAAUUUACAGAUGGUAACAACAAAAGCAACAAAGAUCUAGUGGCUCAGUUCAGCAGUUUUCAGUGCCCGGCUUAACCUUCAGUAACCUGGGCUAAUUAUAAGUUUCUUAGAAAGAUGUCGUAAUCUCUGUCAACUAAAUUUAAAUAAGAGGCCAGGGGUAGCGGAAAAUAUGCUAUAAAGCUUAAGACCAGUCUGGACGCAGAACACAUCAUCUUGGUGGAAGUGUGUCAUAAGUCACGAUGCCUUCAUUGAACGUUUUAUUUGCUGUCGCAAUUAAUCUUUUUUUGCAAUCAUUCGUUCUUGGAGACCCCGCAAAACCCUGCGACCCAGACAUCUGCAAACUUCCUGAUUGCUUCUGCAGUGGCACUGAAAUCCCUGGUAACUUAUCCCUGUCCUCCAUUCCUCAGAUUGUCUUCGUAACCACUGAUGCUGCCGUCAAUGCAGAAGAUUUUUUCGACUACGAGAAGCUCUUUGAUGGAAGCUUGAAGAACCCAAACGGAUGCAAUAUUUCGGGAACAUUCUUUGUUUCUCAUGAGUACACCAAUUAUUGUGAGGUUCAAGAUCUUUACAGUCAACGUCACGAAAUCGCUGACAAUUCGAUCUCCCGACGGCUUCCUAGACCAUGGUGGGCAAAUGCUACAGAGGAGGAACAGAACGAGGAAAUAGGAGGGAUGAAAGAGAUUCUGCGGAAAUGGGGAAACGUGAAGGCUGAAGAUGUGAAGGGUUACCGAGCUCCGUACAUCCAAGUGGGUGGUAACACGGAGUUUAAAGUACUGAAGGAUUUAGGUUUCAUGUAUGAGUCUUCAAUGCCAACGCAAUGGUUUAUUGAUCCACCCCUAUGGCCAUACACACUUGACUAUCGCUCAACGCAGGACUGCGAAAUCUACCCCUGCCCAACAGGUAUGUAGUAUCUUUAUUUGACGAAGCAAUUCGUCCCCGGACAAAAGAGCUCCUUUACAGGUGGAUGUAGAGGAAGUUUGCCGUUGGUAGGGGGGGGGGGGGGGGGGGGGGGCAAGAAAUCAUUAGAAAGUCAAGACAGAAUUGAUGGUGAAUGAUUGCACGAACGAAUGAAUAAAUAAAAUAGAUAAAUGAAUGUAUUAAUGUAUGAAUGGGCGGAUGGAUGGAUGGACCAAUCAUGAAAGAACGAACGAACGAACGAAAGAAUGAAUGAAUGAAGAUAAAGGAAGGAGAAAUGGAUGGAUGGAUGGAUGGAUGGAUGAACGGUAGACAUAAACUGAUUAGAAGAAAAGCACAUAUGAACACUAAUUUGUUUUCUUUAUUUUCUGUCUCCCUUCAGAUUCGUUUCCAGGUUUGUGGGAAGUACCGUUAGUUGAUUAUUACGAUACGAAAGGAAAACUCUGUAAUUUCGUUCUUUCCUGUACACCGCCUGCCUCAGUUGACGAAGUCAUCGAACUGUUUGAAUCCAAUUUCCAGUUACACUACACUACCAACAGGGCGCCAUUCUUCAUGCUGCUUUCAGCAGAAUGGCUUGAGAAUAGCACCUACUUUGAAGGUUAGUUUUACAUAUAAUGUAUGUGUGGGCUUUCUUGGGUGGUUGCAAGGAUAGCCACAUUAGCAGCAAAGAUUAUAAAUCAAUUUCCUAAUUGAGUCAACAAAGCGCAAUCAUAGCUCGUCCCAUGUAAAGUAAUUCAAGCCACUCGUAGAUUCUGGAUUCCACGCCGUAGAUUCCGGAUUCUUUGUCAGUGUCCUUGGAAUCCAGAUUUCUUGUCGAGCUGAAUUCUGUAUUCCAAACUCCAGAACCCCGGUAUCUACGAGCAAGCACUUCUAGGUUUCUAGAAUCCGGGGCAACGUAGAGUUUACGUAAGCUUCGCGGUGCUUCCCUGAUUUUAUUAAUUAAACUCAGCGCAAACAAAUUUGAGCAUGGGCGUUAUCAGGAGCGUUAUGCACAGUUUUUGGCUUUCAAUGCUUUACUAUCAUUCCAGUUCCAAAACAGUUCAGUGGAAUUUAUGAGCCUAUGCUGACCCAGUCGCACAUGAUUCCGGCUCAAGAGUCUUGCAGGUUUGCAUCCGAAUGGCCAAAAAAGGGCUGAAGAUUUUGACUGAGUAUAUAAUUCAUAGGAAGCCCACAUUAGUAAUUGACAUUAAGUGAAAAUGAUUAUUUCAAUUUCAUAGGGACUGAUUUUUUAUGUUUGUUGUUGUUGUUACGAAAGGAACAAAGACCUUCCUUAGCAAAUUGACCACCAUGGGCGACGUGUGGAUCGUGACAGUUUCCCAGGGUCUUGAGUGGAUCAAGAACCCAACAACGCUGGACAAGAUCGAAGACUUUAAACCCUGGAAAUGCGACACCCCAGCCCCUCCUCCCUGCCCCGCUAGCCAGUGCAAAGAAUGUUACUAUGCCGACCGACAGCGCUUGAUGAGCACAUGCGCACCAGCAUGCCCACCCCAUUACCCAUGGGUUGGAAAUCCGGAUGGAAACUAAACCGGAAGAGGAAAUGAUAAUGCGACAUUUGAACAUCCUCAGGGUAGUACUGAGAAGUAAAAUAGGGACCUUACUAAACUACGACGGCGACAGUAAUGGGAACGUCAAAAAAGCAAUAGGUUUAAUGAGCAAAACAACAACUCUUCAAGAGCAUCACCCUUUUUGUACAUUUCUUUGCAGUCCCUGCAUAACUAAGACGUAAAAUGACCAAAUUUUAAGUUUAUUUGGGAACGGGAACGGCAAGGCGAUAAAUUCUACAAUCUCUGUCAGGACUUGGGCGCAGUCCCCUCUCUUCAGCUCCAACCCAAAUUCCCUUCUUUUUAGUAACUGAACCCCUUGGAAUAGUCGCGAAAAAAAGUGAAAAGAUGCGAAGACUAUUUUUCAGCGACGUUUUCAUGGACGUCGCCGUUGUCCGAUCGUAAGGUCCCUAAUAGCUACUCGACGGCAUCUCUCACUACUGUUGGUCAAUUUUUGUUAGUUCAUGUGCUGCCUGUGUAAUGUGCACUAUGUUUCAACUAUGUUCCAACUCUUCCGCUUAUUGUUUGAUUCUGUAAUAGAAAAUUAAUUUAGCAAAGAACUGAUGCGGGUGUGUAGGUUUUACUUGAACAGGUUGUUAAUCUUUUCUUUUCUCUGCGAGGUUUAGUCGUACUAAUGUAAGAGAUAUUGUUGAAAAUAGUUAAAAGUUCCUUUGUGUUUGUGAAAGUUGCCCUCGUAGUACUGGUUGGUAUAUUUCUUUUAUAAUGUGAUCUGUAAGAAAAUGCAUAGGCAUUGUAAUAUUGUUUUGAUAAGGUGCGUGGACAAAAGUAUUGUUCUUUCUGCCGACCGUGUCAUUAUAGCUCACUGUCGCCAUCAUGCAAUAGAUCUGAGAUCAUCCCCCUGGUUCUUGUUUGCAUGCAUUAAUGACUGUUAGACAGCAGUGCCGGAAAAUGAUUUGUUCUCGUUUCACUACUAAGAGUGAUUAGAGAACUGAGCUGAACUGAGCUGUGCAUGAUCCCAAACCUCGGCGCAAGUGACUCCUAUACUAAUCCUACUUAACGGCGUUUUCAUGGACCAGUUUAUUUUAGCAUCAUUUUAGGGUACUUCUACUUGCAAAAGUGGAAGUUCCACUUUGUAUGGGUGCGCAUCCAUAGUAUGUUAUAUGAAA